UUAAAUUCGAUAUACAUUUUUUUUGUAAAAGCGGAUUUUUUUAUUUCCUUGAACCACGCAAAAAUUUGUUAAUAUUUCCGAUUUCAUCUUCUUAUUACCAGAUGCUCCAUAGGAAUAAAUCAUUAUUCUUUUCCACUACAAAUAAAUAUUUCAAAAAUCCAUUUUUUAUUAUUUUUAUUUGAUUCCAAAAUUAGCUAUUGUUUUGUUAUUGCAACAAUGCAAUGCAAUAGAGAACAAAUGUGAGAAGGGAAAGGGGUUUUCAUUUCCAGUCUACUAUCUACUAUAUAAUAUAAUAUAUAAUAUUUAACUUAGUAUUUAAUAUUUAAUUUAGGGUCAGGGGAAAAAUAGAGAAUUUUCUUUUUUUUUGUUUGGCCCACUCGGUGGUAUGAGUCAUAGAGCAAUUAAUUCAGGGUUCAAAUGGUUAUUAAAGAAUGGGAAUAGUAAGGGCUAAUCGAAUCGAACUGAUGGAUUUACCUAGGUUGGUUUGUGGUCCAAUAGAAAAGAAAAUAGAAAGGAAGAAUUUGUAUCUUCGAAACCUAUCGUAAAAGGCAUUGAACGAGGAAUCGCCCAAUAGAUAAUCGAACUAUUGUAUGCCCCAAAAAUGAUAUGAGGUGUUCGGAAAUGGUUGAAGUAGUUGAAUAGGAGGAUCACUAUGACUCUAACCCUUGGUAAAUUUACCAAAGAAGAAAAUGAUUUAUUUGAUAUUAUGGAUGAUUGGUUACGCAGAGACCGUUUCGUUUUUGUGGGUUGGUCCGGUCUAUUGCUCUUUCCUUGUGCUUAUUUCGCUUUAGGAGGUUGGUUCACAGGUACAACUUUUGUAACUUCGUGGUAUACCCAUGGAUUGGCCAGUUCCUAUUUGGAAGGUUGUAAUUUCUUAACCGCUGCAGUUUCUACUCCUGCGAAUAGUUUAGCACAUUCUUUGUUGCUACUAUGGGGUCCCGAAGCACAAGGAGAUUUUACUCGUUGGUGUCAAUUAGGCGGUCUGUGGACUUUUGUAGCUCUCCAUGGUGCUUUCGCACUAAUAGGUUUUAUGUUACGUCAAUUUGAACUUGCUCGAUCUGUUCAAUUACGACCUUAUAAUGCAAUCGCAUUCUCUGCUCCAAUUGCUGUUUUUGUUUCUGUAUUCCUGAUUUAUCCACUAGGUCAGUCUGGUUGGUUCUUUGCGCCCAGUUUUGGCGUAGCAGCUAUAUUUCGAUUCAUCCUCUUCUUCCAAGGGUUUCAUAAUUGGACGUUGAACCCAUUUCAUAUGAUGGGAGUUGCCGGAGUAUUAGGCGCUGCUUUGCUAUGCGCUAUUCAUGGUGCUACCGUAGAAAAUACUUUGUUCGAAGAUGGCGACGGUGCAAACACCUUCCGUGCUUUUAACCCAACUCAAGCUGAAGAGACUUAUUCAAUGGUGACUGCUAACCGCUUUUGGUCCCAAAUCUUUGGGGUUGCUUUUUCCAAUAAACGUUGGUUACAUUUCUUUAUGUUAUUUGUACCAGUAACCGGUUUAUGGAUGAGUGCUCUUGGGGUAGUUGGUCUGGCUCUGAACCUACGUGCCUAUGACUUCGUUUCCCAAGAAAUCCGUGCAGCAGAAGAUCCGGAAUUUGAGACUUUCUACACCAAAAAUAUUCUCUUAAAUGAAGGUAUUCGUGCUUGGAUGGCAGCUCAGGAUCAGCCUCAUGAAAACCUUAUAUUCCCUGAGGAGGUUCUACCCCGUGGAAACGCUCUUUAAUGGAACUUUAGCUUUAGCUGGUCGUGACCAAGAAAC